AUGGACCGAGCCCCCGCAGACCAGAAUGUCAAGCUGUCAGCUGAGGUAGAACCAUUUAUUCCCCAGAAGAAGAAUCCUGAUACAUUUAUGAUCCCUAUGGCACUCCCAAAUGAUAAUGGAAAUGUUUCUGGUGUAGAACCAACUCCAAUUCCCAGCUACCUGAUUACCUGUUAUCCAUUCGUGCAAGAAAACCAGUCCAAUAGACAGUUUCCAUUAUAUAACAAUGAUAUACGAUGGCAACAGCCUAAUCCAAACCCUGCUGGACCAUACCUUGCUUACCCCAUUAUAUCUGCUCAGCCACCUGUUUCUACAGAGUAUACAUAUUAUCAGCUGAUGCCAGCACCAUGUGCACAAGUUAUGGGUUUCUAUCAUCCUUUUCCUGCACCUUACUCCAACACUUUUCAGGCUGCAAAUACUGUCAAUACUAUAACCACAGAAUGCACUGAGCGUCCAAAUCACCUUGGACAGGUCUUCCCAUUGUCUGGCCAUCGAAACAGAAAUAGUAAUAGAGGACCAAUGCUCCCAAAACAACAACUCAUACAACAGCACAUAAAAAGCAAAAGACCACUGGUGAAAAAUGUAGCUAUUCAGAAAGAGACAAGUGCAGCAGGUCCCGAUAAUCGAUCAAAAAUCGUGCUACUGGUAGAUGCUUCACAGCAAACUGAUUUCCCAUCAGACAUCGCAAACAAAUCUCUCUCUGAGAGCUCUGCCGCAGUGCUCUGGAAGGCCAGAGGCAGGAGGAGAAGAGCCUCCCACCCGACUGCCGAGUCCUCGAGCGAGCAGGGAGCUAGUGAGGCUGACAUCGACAGCGACAGUGGGUACUGCAGCCCCAAACACAGCAACAGCCAGCAGCCUGCUGCGGGGGCGUUGAGAAAUCCCGAUCCUGGCUCCGUCAGCCAUGUGGACUCAUCUAUAUGUGCAGGUGGUGUAAAUUGGUCUAAUGUAACUUGCCAGGCAACUCAGAAAAAACCUUGGAUGGAAAAAAAUCAGACAUUUUCUAGAGGUGGAAGGCAGACUGAACAAAGAAAUAAUUCACAGGUUGGAUUCAGAUGCCGAGGACAUAGUACUUCCUCAGAAAGAAGACAGAAUUUGCAAAAGAGACAAGAUAAUAAGCAGUUAAAUCCCAGUCAGUCUCACCGAGGCGACCCAAAUUCUGAGUCUUUGUAUUUUGAGGAUGAAGAUGGAUUUCGAGAACUAAGUGAGAAUGGAAAUGCUAAAGAUGAAAAUAUGCAACAGAAACUUCCUUCAAAAGUAUUGGAUGAUUUACCAGAAAACUCACCAAUCAAUAUAGUUCAGACUCCAAUUCCCAUUACAACCUCAGUUCCUAAACGUGCAAAAAGUCAAAAGAAGAAAGCUUUAGCAGCAGCCCUUGCCACCGCUCAAGAAUAUUCAGAAAUAAGUAUGGAGCAAAAAAAACUACAGGAAGCUUUAUCAAAGGCAGCUGGAAAAAAGAAUAAAACACCUGUGCAGCUAGAUUUGGGAGAUAUGUUAGCAGCUCUGGAAAAGCAACAGCAAGCCAUGAAAGCACGGCAAAUUACUAAUACCAGACCUCUGUCAUAUACAGUGGUCACUGCAGCUUCUUUUCACACUAAAGACUCUACUAACAGAAAACCUUUAACCAAAAGUCAGCCCUGUUUGACAUCCUUUAAUUCUUUGGACAUUACUUCCUCUAAAGCAAAAAAAGGAAAAGAAAAGGAAAUUGCAAAACUAAAACGGCCCACAGCACUUAAAAAGGUUAUCUUGAAAGAAAGAGAGGAAAAGAAGGGCCGUUUAACUGUGGACCACAGUGUUUUGGGAUCUGAGGAACCAAUAGAAAUGCACUUAGAUUUUAUUGAUGAUUUGCCGCAAGAGAUUGUUUCCCAGGAAGAUACUGGACUGAGCAUGCCCAGUGAUACGUCCCUGUCUCCAGCAAGUCAAAACUCUCCAUACUGUAUGACACCUGUGUCCCAAGGCUCUCCAGCUAGUUCUGGGAUAGGCAGUCCAAUGGCAUCUUCAACAAUAACCAAAAUCCACAGCAAAAGAUUUAGAGAGUAUUGUAAUCAGGUUCUUUGUAAAGAGAUUGAUGAAUGUGUGACUCUUCUUCUUCAAGAGCUUGUCAGCUUCCAGGAACGCAUCUAUCAGAAGGACCCUGUGAGGGCAAAAGCACGGAGACGGCUGGUUAUGGGGCUGAGAGAAGUUACCAAGCAUAUGAAGUUAAACAAGAUCAAGUGUGUGAUAAUUUCUCCAAAUUGUGAAAAGAUCCAGUCCAAAGGUGGCCUGGAUGAGGCUCUCUAUAAUGUUAUAGCCAUGGCACGGGAACAAGAAAUUCCAUUUGUGUUUGCCCUUGGAAGAAAAGCUCUAGGUCGCUGUGUGAACAAGCUGGUUCCUGUUAGUGUAGUGGGAAUCUUCAACUACUUCGGCGCUGAGAGCCUGUUUAAUAAGUUAGUAGAACUCACUGAGGAAGCCAGGAAAGCAUAUAAAGAUAUGGUUGCCGCAAUGGAACAGGAGCAAGCUGAGGAAGCCUUAAAGAACGUGAAGAAGGUGCCGCACCACAUGGGGCAUUCUCGGAAUCCCUCUGCAGCAAGUGCCAUUUCUUUCUGCAGUGUGAUUUCCGAACCCAUCUCUGAAGUAAAUGAAAAGGAAUAUGAAACAAAUUGGAGAAACAUGGUGGAAACUUCAGAUGGGCUAGAAACAUCAGAAAACGAGAGAGAAGUUUCUUGUAAGCACAGCACAUCUGAAAAACCGAAUAAACUCCCAUUUGACACAGCCCCUGUUGGUAAGCAGGCAUCAUUAGUGACUGCAGGCAGUGCUACCUCAGCUCCAAACCCUGGAAAGUCAACAGUGGGCGACAAAGAGGAAGUGAAGCCAGACGACCUGGAAUGGGCCUCACAGCAGAGUACAGAGACUGGCUCUUUGGAUGGCAGUUGCCGGGACCUUUUGAAUUCCUCCAUCACCAGCACCACCAGCACUCUUGUCCCUGGCAUGCUUGAAGAAGAGGAUGAUGAAGAGGAGGAGGAGGAGGAAGAUUACGCUCACGAACCCAUUUCUGUAGAAGUACAGCUCAAUAGUAGAAUUGAGUCUUGGGUCUCUGAGACCCAGAGAACGAUGGAAACUCUUCAGCUUGGAAAAACCCUUAAUGGUUCUGAGGAAGAUAAUGCAGAGCAAAGUGGGGAAGAGGAAGCGGAGGCGGCUGAGGUGCUAGAGCCGGGGAUGGAUAGCGAGGCCUGGACUACUGAUCACCAAGCAAGCCAGGAACAGCAGAAGCCCAGCAACUGCAGCUCGCUGAACAAGGAGCUCUCUGAUUCUGAUUACACACCCCCAAAUCUAUAA